AUGGAAGCAGAGGUGUUGAGCCCCCAGAUGAUGGCAGACGUCAAUGGCAACAAUAAAAUCACCAACGCAGAGCUGGAGGUGCUGAAGCUUCAGGAAUUGGUCCGAAAAUUGGAGAAGCAAAACGAACAAUUGCGGACCAGAGCUAACGCUGUAAACAAUUGCUCAGUCGGCCCUCAUCUCCAGACCUCGUUGUCGUGUUUGCACGUCGGUACGUCGUGUGCGAGUGACAAUUUCUCCAGUAAAUAUGACAUUUCUAGUCCGACCCAGUCGCAUCCCUGUGCCCCCGCUGGAUCUCGGGGUUCACCGGAGGAGCUGUUCGCCUAUUUUCAGCCCAGCUCGUCGUCUCCUGACUCGGCUGGGGAGGACAGCGGCGCCGAUGGGGAGACGACUGUUUUGGAUGAGGUUGAUAUUUUGGACCUGAACAUCGUGCUCCCUGUUGGAGAGCCUGAUAGCUGGUAAAUACUAUGUAUCAAUCUCUUUACAUAUGUUACAUUUUGACAAUUGACAGUAUAGUAAUACAUCUGACGCUUGUUUUUGUGAACCCUGAAAGAUGCCUUACAGGCCACUGGAUUGGCAAUUAGCCACAGUUUUGUGACAUUAUGUGAAAUUCUACCCUGCCAUGUAUCCCACUAUUGAUCUCAUUAUUGAUUCCUCCUCUGGUGGAGUAGACUUGCAGACACCUUGCAAACAGUGAGUCUUUCUGGGAGGAGAGAGAAAAAGAACAAAAACAGAUUUGACACAAGCUUUUGUGCAUCCCACAAUGCACUGUGCUUGCAGCCUAAGUAUUUAUUCAGAGUAAGACAGCAGUGGGAUGAAAUUAGAAACAAUGACCCCCUUCAGCCUGUGAUCAAACAGCCUGGCUUAGCUUGUAGUGUUUAGCCCCCGGGCUGAACUACUUUGAAGCUGUGUAUCUGCUGACUUAGGUAGCACACUCACUGACAUGCUGACUACUGAACCAUCUCCAGCUUUAUGUAUCUGAAGUGAUGAUGUGGAAAAUGUAGCACACAGUCAAGUACAGAGUCAGUAUCCUUUCUCCAUUUAACUCGACUAAUUGACCUCAAGUCAGUGUAAUAUCAUGGCCUAGUUGCAGCGGAAGAGCUCACUUCUGAUGGUUCAUUGCUUUGACUUGAGCUUAAAAAGUGAUACCAUUUUUUUUUUCUAGUGUCAUUCAUUACUGGACUUAUGCACUCUUUUGGAGCAUACCUAGACGUAUUUCUGUUUUUCUUCAUGAACUUUUACUAAAUGUGAAAUUCAGUAUCAGGCAGCCUAAUUUAAACUCUCUAUUAACUCCAUUAUUUAGCCUGUAGGCUUUUAAUUAUGCCCUCAUUUGACCUGCUGUUUAAAAUGUACAAAAAAAAUCUAAUUUGGCUUCUUCAUAUUCUUGUAUUAUAUGAUACAAUUUUAAUAUGCCACAGUCUGAAUUUUCUAUUGGUUAAUUUUCUCCCUGCAGCACGUUUUUUACACACAUAUCAUGCAUCACUCAUGGUUUUGUUGUCAGGAAAAUGGUGAUUUUGAAUUUCUGCUUUGCAUUUGCAGUUUUAUUUCAUAAGCUCCCCUCACAAUACGCACAUUAAAAAUGCAAUUAUCUGUCUGAGGUACUCAUCUGAGAGAUAUGGCAACUAUGAAAUUCAUCCCUACAGAUCUAUUGAGAUACAUAGAAAAGCAAAACUGUGCAAACAAUGUAAAUGAAUACAGUACAACCUGAACAGGCAAGCAUUUCCUUUGACUGCACAUUGACAGUAGGAACCUCAAGUAAAGCAUUCAGUACUGGUAUUAUUUGUUAGCCAAUCAUGAAUUUAGGUAAUAAAAAAACAGUUGUCCUUCAUUUUUUAAAUAAAGCAUAUGAGAAUGCUAUGAUGAUAGGGGCCAUGGGCCAAACAUUUUCAGGUAGAAAUAACACAAUUUAUUACCCAUUAGGUACCAAAAGCUAGGCUAAACAGCUAACAUUAGCCUAUAAACAAGUUUGAUGUGUACCAAGAACUUUGCAAAGCUGUUGUUUUAAAAUUUGGCCUGAUUUGUCUGACUUUUGACUUAUAGGCAGCUGAUGCAGUCUUUCUGUUUGCUAGGAAUUAAUGCUUCCCUGUUUUAAAAUGCUGUAAUAUCAAGUCAUACUAAAAUGCUAGUUGUAGCUGUUUUGUAAUAGUAGCAAGUGGGGUAUCAAAUGUAAAGGCGAGGGUAAUAUUACUUUUAGCUUGUCAGUGUUACCAAUUUACCAAUUAAAAGAGUUUAUAUCUUCUUAUUAUAAAGUGCUGUAAUAUGAAAUAGCAGGAGCUUGGUAUUUGAAUGAUAACUGUAGUUGUUAAUUCAAAGCAGCCAGUGGGUCAUUGAGAAAGUAGAAACAUUUCAUCCAUUUUUCCCAGUGUUUGAUAAAUUUGGCUUUUUAUGCUCUCAAAUAAAAGUUAUUCUUCACAUCACAAAGAUGAUACAUGAGACCAGUCCAUUAAUCUUUACAAGAUCUUUUCUUUUUCAGCCAUUCUUAGUUCAGGACUUUUUACUCUUUACGCACCACCAAUAAUAUUCAUAUAAGAUAUUUUUGUCAUUCUCUCUCUUCACUCAAUUCCUCUAGAUCUACUUGAUAAAAUAACUUUAAAUUGAAAGGAUUUUUAAAAUUAAAAAGGCAAUUUCUAAUGUAUUAUAAGAUUUUAUCUAUUCUUUCAUACAUACCUCAGUUUAAAACAGAAGUAUAUCUACCUCAGCUAUUAUAUAAUGACCUAUUUAUAUAUUUUUCUGUCACUCAGUAUUCCUCCGCACUCCUCACCAGUGCACUGCUACUUAAAACAGUCUUGUAUGUCUAAGUUAAAUGUCUAAGCUUGUACACAUUUGUGUAAUAUUUAAUGUUUAAUGUUUGUACAUAGAGAGCAAAGUCUACUGGAGUCAAUUUCCUUGUAUGUGUACACAUUCUAGGCCAGUAAAGCUGAUUCUGAUUGGAUUGGAUCACAAUUCUAAAAAGUACUCCUAUGUGGCCUGAAGCAUGUGUUUUUUUAUUAUUAUUAUUUACUGUCUUUUAGCUGUUUAUCAAUAGGAAAAUUGUGAAAUGGUGGCUAAAGCUUCUCAGUUAAUAAGAUUUGCUAAACUGGAAGUUAACAGAACAAUUUAAGAACAGCUUUGGAUCUUCCUAUGCUGACUGACUGACUGCCAAGUAAAAAUGACUGAAUUGGCUCAUCUGUAAUGGUAUCAGUAUUAAACUGUGUGAUAUGUUAUCUGCUCCAGGUUGUACGUUAGCCACAGAGCCAAACUGCAGGGUGAGAGUGUCCUCAGCCCUCUUCAGUGGUGCAGGCAGGUCCUGGAUCACCCCGGGCCUGAGGCGGAGCUGGCCAAGAUGACCCUCUGUCAUAGACUGGACCAAGGUACUGUGUGUUUUCCACUCUCAGAUUAACAGCUGUCAUCCGUUCCCACAUCUGGACAUCUGCUGACAUGUGAUCAUAAGCCGUGACACACUUUGCCCACAAAAUGUCUCCACGUGCGGCAGGAUUUUAUCAACAGCGUCUGAGCCGUGGGAGUGUUUCUCUGCACCCAGCUCAGUUCUUACCACCAUUUGACUAUUUAACUCACUCUUGUUAAAUUUAUGGGUUUUUAAGUACCUCAAGUUUCCCACAGAGUGUUUUUCUAUCCGUGGUUGCAGAAUUGGAGAGGCUCCCAUUUACACCUACCAGUGUCUCCAGAGAAAAGUGAAGAUCAGUUUAAGGGAUUUGUUACUGGCUGUUAUUAGAGCACAACUCCAUUUGGAGGAAGUCAUGCUGUGCUGUUGAACGGUAUUACACCAUGUUAAGUAGAAGGCAGUGUAGAGGGGAUUAUAAAGCUGUGGUAAUAAAAUCACCAUUCAACUAAAACACCAACAAGUGGUUUAACACACAUGUAUUGUAGUUUUAACAGAAUGUGAACAACAUCAAUCCUGUUUUCAUAUUCUUAUACAUUUUCAUGCUAACAGAUAUGAAUACUGAUGCCACUCUCAUGUCUGUACUUUUUCCAAUCUUGAACCAGACGUUGGUAAAACAAGCAUAUCACAAAGAUUAUAAAAACAUGAGUCAAAGAAUGAGCACUUAGUUUCACCUUAGAUUUCCUAGUCUUACAUAAUCAAUGAGUUUUCAGGAUGUAGUCAUGGUAAUAUGCUUGGAACUGAGUCUGUGGUUCUCACAAGCAUUGCAGUUUUUCACAGUUUGUGCUUUGAGAUGAAAAAUAAAUCCAGCCAAGGAUAAACUUGAUACAUGAAUUUUCCAGUCUUUAAAAAAAGUGUUUGCCAACUAGUGGCUGACAGCGACUGUGAUUUUGUCGCAGUAGUCUGGGGUAAUGCUGUGGAUCUCCCAAAAAGUAAGACUUUUCAUAUUGUGCAAACAAGAUUUUAACUUGUGCUCAUAAUAGCUGUGGGUUUCCAGUUUGGGAGAAAUCUCUGCUCUUCGCAGAUGAUGUGGUUCUGUCCUGCUGGGACCCCGCAGCGGGCAUUGAGGCGGUUUGCAGCCAAGUGCAAAGCUGUUGGGAUGACAAUCAGCACCUCUAAAUCUAAGACCAUGGUUUUCUGCCGGAAAAGGGUGGAUUGCUCUGGGUGGGUGGGAAGCUAGUUUUCGCCCAAAGUGAAAGAGUUCAGGCACUUUGUGGUAAAAUGGGUCAUGAGAUUGGCGGGCAGAUUGGUGCAGUGUCAGCUGUAAUGUGGGUGUUGUCCUGGACUGUUUCAGUGAAGGGGGAGCUGAGCCAAAAGACUAAACUUUGGAAAUACCCAUUAAUCUAGGUUACAACCCUCACCAAUGGUCAGGAGCUGGCAGUAGUGACCAAAAGAAUGGGAUUGUGGAUACAAUUGACUGAGUUUCCUCCAGAGGGUGGCUGGGAUCAACUUUAAGGGUUAAAAGCUCAGACAUCCAGAGGGAGCUCAGUGUACAGAUGCUUUAAAAGGAGCCAGCUGAGGUGUUUCUGGUAUAUGAUGGGGAUGCCUCUGAGGGGCCUCCCCAUGGAGGUGUCCUUGGGUUCGGCCACUGAGGUGGAGAACCCAAGGUAGGCCCAGAGCUGGAGGGAUUGCAUGUUCCAUCUGGCCUGGGAGGGCCCUAGCAUCCCACAUGAAGAGCUCUGAAGCAUGGCUGAGGAGAAGGAGGUCUUGUUGACGUGCUGAGACUGCUGACCAGAUCCUGAAUGAACAGAAGAAAAAAUAACAUCUGUGCACAGUGUAGCUGUCUUGUGGGAUGAAUAGACAUGAAUAGAUAUCGCUUGGAUGUACAAGGUAAAAUUUUCAGUUUUUGGAACUUGGUGGGCCUGUUACGAUACUAACUUCCAGGUAAAAAAUAUAUAUUUUUAAAGACCAAUCUUUAUCCUGUGUGAAGCAAUGUGUAGUCGUCUUUACCUUUCAGUUUUUACACUCUAGUUUUAAAGGAUGUGGCUGGUUAAAUUUGUCACUAUCUGGUUUAGCCAGCUUAGCUAUUUUCUGGGUUUUCGUAUCCUGAUGCCAAGCUCAGCAAACUAGCUGCCAGCUCUCAUCUUCUUAUCAAAGGAUAGACAUGAGAGAGGCAUUGUUAUUUCCAUCUAAUACUCUGCAGGCUUGAAAACUAGUUUGUUUUUAAAAAAUGUAAAGCACAUACUAGACAAUAAGCUUGGUCCCCAUCUCAUUAUUGCCAUCAUUAAAAAAAUGAAUCUAUUACAGCAGUCUUUCAAUUUCUCACAAAGCAAACGUUUCACUGAGGCGAAGACUGUCCUCUCAAUCCAUAAUCAUCUGAAACCUGAUAUAUUCUGUAUUGAUUACAGAGCAGAGCUGACACAGCAUGCACAGCUCUCGGUAACGGCUACAUUAGAGUACAUCUACAUGCUCAUCACUGUUCUCAUAGGGAACAAACAGGAACAUUUACUUCACUUGAUGAUAUAUGAGCAUGUUGAGAGUUUCUGAAACAAGCAUGCCAUGUUAGGAUUCAUAACUGUGAUACAAGUGUGGACCCUGUUUCAGUAUCGGCGCUAUUCAGUUUCUACAACCAUGCAAGGACAGGGGUAUGGUUGCCAUAGAAACUCUGCUUAUAUCAAGUAGGUUUUUGAGCCAGAUUUGACCAGUACUCGCUGCCCAAACUGCCUUCAGAAAAGGCUCCAACACUGCUGCACACACGGAUAGAAGCUGUAUGUGUCCUCACUUCAAAAUAUAAAGAUUUUUCUGGGAUCAAUUAUCCUCACAUUAUAGAUCUCUUGUCCCUAAACUUUGUGUAUUUAUUGGUGCUUGUUUGGUUGUUCAUUAGUGUGUUUGUGUACGGUCUUCGGUCCUUCUCUUGCUCUAAAGCUGUAUUCAGAGAAGGUUGGCUCUCCUCCUCUGGGUCAUGAAUACAUCCUUGUCUUUGGGUUUCAGUAGCUGUUGUUUGUGUAACUUGCUGUGAAUGCUAGUUUUAUCCAGUAGUAGUUGAGCCUAAUUGUGUCAGGAAUGCCAAAAGCUCCACUCUGUCAGACUCAGGUGUGCUUCUCUGACUGUCAAUAAGGCGACAGAAGUCAGUGUUUACAAACUAAACACACAUCAUCAUCAUCUUACAUAAUCUCAUGCAAACUCUACUCACUCAUCCUCAGCAGUAGUUUCAUAUACAGCAGCUGAGAAAAAAACAUUUCUAAAAAGGCAACAUGUCUAUUUUAAGCUUGGAUAGGGAUGCUUUCUCUCACUGAAGGUGGGAUCACACUUAUGAAAAACCUCAAUUUUUAAAAUGUUAUAUAAACUUCAACUCUGCAGCCCUGCAGCAAAGAUGAUUCUGGUUUUGACUCACAGACAAAGCUUUACCUAGAGGAGGUCGAAUGUUGAAAUUUCCACCACCACUAUAAACAAGAGAUUGCUUGAGGUGCUACAUAAUAUAAGUAUCAUGGUUCAGUUGUGUUUACAGAUGAACUGAAUAAUACAUUUGUGUAACAUUCCUCCUCUGAAGUUGUGUGCAUCUCAUGAACAGCGCUUUCCUCUAACAGUGCAGUUGUUUUACAAGGACUAUUUCAAUAUUCCUUUUAUGUUAUAUUUCUAUUACUUUGAAGCACUACCAUACAGGUAGCUCACUUGACUCAAUCAGCUCAAUUUGUUGUUGUCUUCUGUGUGCGAGUGCGUCUCACUGAUGUCGGAUGUUCUCUGCAGGCACUUGUAAAGUGUUCCUGAACUUGUAUCACUGUGUCUAAGUGAAUGAAAUGGCCUUGUAUUACCACUCUGCUCAUGUUUUGAGAGCAUAUUUAUUGUCACUGCUCUCACUGUGUCUGCUGUGUCUGCACGAGUGGAGUGAUGAUUUGUUUCUGGCCAGCAGCUCAGAGGAGGAGAGGACUAGUACGUCGUUAUGUACGUUUAAAUCAAAGCUGCCCAUUUGAUUUCUUCGUCCUUUUCCGAGCGCAGCAAAAUGCAGUGAUUCAUCUUGUUCAUAGCAUCCUUCUCAUAAUCAUAUAAGUUUAAAGCAGAGGUAACUUAAUGCUUUUAAAACAGUAAAAGCCAGUUACAGCUUGGUAUUGUACUCAUUGAUUUUUUCCAUUGUUCUGCUGAUACCACACAGUCCAAAUGGUGGAGGGGGGGGGUUAGCGCCGACAGGUGGCACAGUGGCUUGGUGGUUAUGGCUGCCGCCUCGUUGCUGAUUUUGGGAAUAGGAUGAAGCCUACAUAUUCAAUCCCUGCUUAUCCUGAGAUCCCCAGCAAAAAAAUCAGUAGUUAAGCCCAAUAAGCUCCAGUGGUAAGCCAGACCUCUUCUCACUGUAUCAGCCUCCUCUGCUGAGGCCGUGACCCAAUCAUAUAAAACAUCAACUCGUAGCUUUUGGAAGCAGAUUAGCAUUAGAAUCAACUAUGUUUAGUGUGUUUGUGUUUGGAUAUGUGUAUGUGUCACUGUGUUACUAAUAGAGCAAUCAUACUAACGUAUCUUUUCCUGCUAUCUUGUGUCCAGCUAAGCGGAGGCGAGGGGUCUCCUCAGUCCGUCCUUACAGCUGCAUAGAGGGGCUUUCCGCCCUCAGCUGCCCCGUCCUGCCUUACUCUAAAUCUGCUGCACUAACCGAGUCCCCAGGUAACACUAACAUGCACCUCUUAUAACUCCGACUAACCAUAACACACUCAAUCUGUCUUCUGAUAGGCUUAAAGGAUUAUAGAUUAUUGGUGUCUAAAAUUGAACAGGUCAGAAAUGAUAGAUGUCAGACUUUCAGUGUUUGUCCGGUGCAGCUACUCGCCAAAUCCAAACAUGCCAUAAUGAUUCGUAAUCUCUCUGUCACAUCGCUUCAGAUGCUGCCUGUCACAUAUCAGUUUGAACCAUUUUUACUGAACUGACCAUUGGAAGAGGAAAUAAUGAGACCACAAAAGCAUCUGUUUUAGUGCAAUAAAUCAUAUUAUUAUGUAUAUUCUGUACAUUGUAAAUAUGACUCAUGUACAUAUCUUUUUCUUAACUUAACUCUAAGUUUUUUUAUCCUUUAAUUUCUCUUUUUGAGUUUGUACUAUGCUGCUGUAAAUUUGGAAUUUCCACCUAUGGAAGUAUUAAAGGAACAUCUUAUCUUAUCCUGUCUUAUCUUAUCUUAUCUUAUCUUAUCUUAUCUUAUCUUAUAAAUAUAGAUCUAAUAAAUAAAACAGCUGAGUGACAGAAAGAUGGUCGUUAUUGAACAGUACAACUAUUUUGUUUCGAGAUGAGAUAUUUAUUUAAAGGUCAAAAUGAUUAUUUAGUGGUUAUUAAUAGUAUUGAAAUAUUACUUUGUCUUGUUAUGGCUAAUAAUUCUUAAACCAUUAACAGUGUGGUUGAAUUAACACUAAUCAUCAACACGCAUUAAGUAUGAAUCCUACUGCAUUAUUUGUUCAAAUUAACCACCAGUGAGCUUUGGUUCUGGCCAAACAUUGAACUUAAGAUAAAACAAGCUUCACUGCCAAUUUAAAACCAACUCUUUCUUUUAACCUCACGACCAUUUCUCCAUUUCAUUAGCUGAGUAAUAAAACACACGACCAAAAGCAUCUGUUCCUCCUGUAACCCAGAUACUGGGUCAACCUGUUACUUGCAGUUUACCAUCAGAUUACAGCAAAAUCUCAAGAAGAGAUUAUCAGGUUGCUCCGUGAGACAGAUGGAUAGAGGAAGCUUAGACCCCCUGAAAGAAAACAUUUAGUGUGUUCCUCCAUGUUUUACAUUAACAUGAAUUCAAUUGACUGCAAGUUGACCUCACAUUAGCAUGCCAGCCUGGUUAUUUUGACUGAGUAUUCUCUCUUUCUCUCUAAGCCCCGUUGCCGUCCUCCAGUCCGUCCUAUAUCCAGCCGUCUCUCCCUAUCAGGACCAGCUGCAGCCUUGGAGACAGAGCGCCUACCUUCCUAUCAAACUCAACUCUCCACAGUAAGACCCUCCUGACAGAUUGUCUCCUUCUCUUUGUCAUCCUGUCUGCUGUUUUAACACGAGUCACCGUGUGUCAGUAAUCAUUAAAUACACCUUACAGUAGUCGCAUAAACACCCUCUCUCUGCCUGGAUCACAUUUGUGUCGUUCAUGACGCUUCUGUCCUCUGCUGUAGACGGUAUAUAUCUAAAGAGGAGAGAUGACGUACUUCUUUGUGUUUUUGUAGAUGUUGGUCGCAGGCACGCAGCAAUCAGCCCUCAGUCUUCCCUGGACAGUGAGGUGGGUGUGUCAGAGCUGGAGGACGACUCCAUCUCUAUGAGCUACAAACUGCAGGACAUGACAGAUGUGGAGGUCAUGGCACGACUUCAGGAGGAGAGUGAGUGACUUUUGUUUUUUUGAAUUGAUAAAAAAAGAGGAUGUGUUUUCAAUUGUUUUAAGAUAUUAGAAUUGUGUUUCUGCUUCUUGUCAUGCUUUGUAGACCAUCAACUGAAAAUUUAUUCAAAAUAAAAACAAGUACGAAGUGAAAUGUAACGCUGAGACCAACUGGGUUAUCAAAGGAGACAUAGGUGAAACACAUGGGGGAGCAAUCAAACAAGGAAGAAACUUGAAAUGGCAAGAAGUAAAACUAAACCUGACAUGCUGAAGUAAGAACUUAUGAAAUAAAGCUAGAAAGAAUCAGGGCAUAGGACUGAAGAGACAGUGCACACAAGGAAUAGAAGAAUAGAAAGACAAUGACAUGAGAAAGUAACACAAGAUUUAACACUGAAGUAAUAGGAAAGCUAAAACAGGAACUACCCUUCUUAAAGGGUAGAAGACAGGGUAUGAACGACAAAACAACACAAUAAAUGCUGAACACACAAAAAGGAAAAAACAGAACUGAACUGUGACGAUCAUAACUCUUGUUUCUGUCACGUUUAAUUUGAGGUUACAUUUUUUUAACCCAGCUGUGUAUUUUUAAGACCUUGAUUAUACAAGUGUGAAGUUUUAUUCAAUCUGUGAUAUUCAGCUCUCUGGAAACCCUAAAAUGUAUCAUUUCUGAUGUAUGACUAGAGCUGAGUUAUUCUGAUAGAUGUUUGACCUUUGAGCUAUUGAACCUGAGCAGGCCAUGGUAUCUUGAUGAGCUGCUAAAUUAUGCAGCAGAUUUCAGAAAAAAAAGUGCAUUCCUGUAUAAGUCUGGACUCCAGAUUCAUUGACUGAAUAAUAGAUGAGUGGCGCCCCCAGAAGGAAAUGUAUCGCGCAUAUAUGUGAAGCUGAGGUUGGUGUUUCACAAAGAUAAAAGCAUUGAUCCAUCGCCCCACAGGUCUCAGACAGGACUACGCCUCUACCUCAGCUACGGUCAGCCGUCGCAGCUCCAGCUUCUCCUUACACUCCCUCAGGCGAAGUGAGAUGGAUCUGGAGGAGGAGGAUGAAGAGGACGAGGUGUACGACCAGCUCCCUCCUCCCCAGCCUCGACUCUUCCGCACAGGGUCUAUGCAGCGGGGCAGCCUGCCCCACUCCCACACCUUCUCCAGUAUCAGAGACUGCAGACGCAGCUCCAUCACCCCUCAGUUUUCUCUCAGCGGACUCUCACAGUACUCUGGACCCUCUAGCCUGACCACAGAAACACACACAGCAUACAGGAACAGCACAGGUGAGUCCUCAAGUCCACCUCAUAAUUUAACAUCUACGAACAUCAAACGUGACUACACGGGCUCAGAUUCAGAGAGCGAGAUUAAUAUGAAUGUCCUAAUUCAGGCGGAACAGAUUUACCCACAUUCAAGAUGCCCCCAAAAUUUUCUGACUAGACAAUCUUUGUGUGUGCCAGGAAGGGUUUAGUGUUGGUUACAGGAUUUAGAGGAACAUCCGUAGUUUGGGGGUCAGUGUCCCUUCCCACUCAGUGACAUGACUACUUCAUGUUUUUGUCAUAAAAACAGAAUCUGCUUUCACAUUGGUCAGAUUUCAGGCUGAGUGAGAGGAAAAGUGUUGGCUUAUUUUCUUUUCAUGCAGUAAGUUACAUGAGUAGAUCUGUACAAAAUAUGUGAUAAAAAUGUUCUUUGCAAAGCUGAAUAUAUGAGCCUAGCAGCUCUAAAGCUCACAUUAUAUCUUGUUUGUUUUAUACUUACAAAAAGAAUCAUGUAAAAUGAACAAAUUUUAAGGAUUAUUUAUUUACGGCGAUUAUUCCUUCGGUUUGUGAAACUCCAAAUAGAAGCGACAUUAAUCUGGUUUCUUGAAAUGCUCACAUAGACAAGCUACGGAGAAGCAUGCCUAACCUGAUCCGAGCUCCCAGCAUGCCCAGUGUUCCCAGUAUUCCAUGCCUGGCUUCCCCUGUCAACCCCCCCUCACACGGCCCCUCCUCCUUACCAACGAUCCCCUCCCUCCGGAGCAGCCAGAGCUUUGACUCGUCCAAUGGGCUCGCACGGCUCCAGUCCUCCAGUAAGACUUUUCCUCCAGUCUAUGAAUAAAUCAGAAUAACACGGCUCUCUUUCUUAUUCAUGAGUGAAUGUAGAGCACUGUUUUUCUGAUAUCACAGUCAUCUCUACUCUGUCGUAUUCAAUUGACCUUUUUUCUUCUGUAUUUCAGUUCCUUCCCCAGGUCAGCUCAAUCAGAGGGUCCAGAGCGUGGGCAACUUCCCCACUACUCCCAGACACCCUCUCAAAGCCACGGCUUACGUCAGCCCCACCGUGCAGCAGGGACCCACCUCCACCUCCCUGUCGUCCUCCGUCAGUCUACACUCCAUCCCCAGCAGCGCCGCUCUGCCUCAGCCCCUCAAACCCAGCAACAGCACCAGUCUGGUACCACAGCCCCUCAAAGCCAGCACCAACCAGCCGGCCGUCCCUCGCAGUUCCCUUCCUCGCCCGGCCUCUUUUGUGGGAACAAGUGGAGUCCCUCGUCCAAGUAAAAUCGGCCAACCAACACGCAGGUAAGAGCAGAAAUACUAAGUGAGUUUAUUGUACGUGGUGUUACGCCCCAUCCGAAGGAGUGAUUUAUUGUUACAAAAUAACAAAAUUAUGAACUAAACACAAAGAAUCCACAACACAAAUGUGGGGCAGCAGGGCAGCCAUUCCCUCACCAAUUGCCUCUGCAGACUGCAGGCAGCUCUGGGUCUUUAAAGUCUCAGCACCAGGUGAGUCUGAUUGGCACUCAGUGAUUUCACCUGGGCAGCUAUUGGGAGACAAAAGGGGAGGGGCACACACACAAAACACACAGCUGUAGCACUUGGGCUUUUUAAUAAAGUGCACACAAAAUACUCAGUAGGGCUUUCUGACAAACCGUAACUUAUGGAAGUAGUGUUCUCCUUUCAUGAACCACACAAUGACAGUUUAAAAAAGAAACGUGGUGAAACAUUUUGAGGAGUCUCAAACAAAAUUCGUUUUAGAAAACACGUUUUACAGUCAGUAUUACUCAGUAAAACAAUAAUCAACAACCCACCAUCUCAAAAGAUUAGAAUAUUCAGAAACACCAGAAAUGUCAACCUUCUAGAAAAUUAUGUUCAUUUGUACUCAGGACUUGGUCACGGCUUCUUUUUCAUGAAUUACUGCAUCAAAGAAAUCAGUCUGCCGGGGUGUUAUGAAGCCCAGGUUGCUUUAAGAGCUCCUUCAGCAUAUCUCUGUUAUUGGUUCUAGUGUUUCUCAUCUUUCGCAGAGAUUCUUCACUUUGUAUGUAAAGAAUCUAGAAUAUAUGUAAGUUUUACUUUUUUAAUGAAAUUGUGUGGGAAAAUUAACUUUUUGGGGGGAAAUUCUAAAUUUUUGAGCUGCAAUAAAAAUAGAAACAACCAUAAUCAGAUUUUGAAGCUUGUUUCAUCUUUAAGCCACUUUUCAAGCAACAAUGAAAAACAUGUAUUUGUUCAAGAAUUUUAUAAAGAAGUUACCACUCUUCUUUCGCUCAUAUUAAGGCAAAAUUAUGUACUUUAGUGUUCUUACAAAGAAAAAAAAACAUGUAAUCAUGUCUCCUCUUCUAGGGUAUCCAGAUAUCAGUAUUAUUAAUUGUUUAAGAGUGUUUUUAGAAGAAAUGCUAAUGAAAAAAAAAGCUGCAGUUUAUCUUGUUUAAUAGAUAAAGGCAAAAUGUAAUUAGUCCUGUUUUAAAUCCCUCUGCUACCUGGUUCAGAACGAAGUAUGAAACUGGGUCUUACACAGGCAUUUCUUUUGUUUCUUAUCAGAGAGGUGAUAUAGUUUAAGGUAUUUAAUUAAAGACAAGCUUUAAAUAUCUGCUUGGUCAUGAAACUUAUUAAUAUAAAUGUUAUUUAUUAUGUAAUUAUUGAGCUUUUUUAUUGCCGUGUGUCCCCCUCCUACAGUUUGCUGACUCCUCCAAAGAGCCUGGCUGCUCUGAGCGCCCUGAGGGACGGCAGCUGGAAAGAUGGCUGCUACUGA